CGAGAACGAAGAGGAAGAAUGCCGGUUGAUCAGAAACGUAUUAAUGGGCCAGACGUGUCUACAUCGUACGAUAUUUAUAUCCACUCCGAAGCGAAAAACAAUAAGAUACACAGUAAUGGUUCGAAAAGGCAGGAUGGUCGCUCAGAUAACGAAUUCAGGAAUAUAUUUUUGAAAACGGGCAUUGUUAGUCAGGCAAAAGGUUCUGCAUAUAUUGAGUUGGGUGACACCAAGGUUAUUUGCUCAGUAUUUGAUCCUAGAGAGAUACCAAACAAAUCUGGCUUUUGUAUGCAAGGGGAACUAUUCUGCGAAUUCAAAUUUGCAUCCUUCUCUCACCGCAAACGGAAAUUACAUCAGCAGGAUGCAGAGGAAAAGGAGUAUAGCUUGAUAUUGCAAAGAGCUUUGGAACCAGCAGUGUGUCUGCAAGAGUUCCCUAACUUUCAAGUCGAUGUCUAUGCAACAGUCCUCGAUAAUGGAGGAUCUGCAUUGACUGCUGCGAUAAUGGCAGCUAGUCUAGCUUUGGCAAAUGCUGGAGUACCAAUGUUUGGUUUAGUCACUGCAUGCACUAUUGGUAUAUACAAUGGGAUGUAUUUAGUAGAUCCAACAGAUAUAGAAGAAACUAUUUGUUCCACAAAAGCUGCGCCAGAUGCGACAAAUGAUCAUGGAAUUGUCAUACAAGCUGCUCUUCCACAGCAUGGUCAAAUUUCUGAAAUGUUUGUGAUAGGCAGCAUCAAUAUGGAUACCAUGAAAUAUUCCAUGGAUCUUUCGAGCAAAAUUCAUAAGGAUAUAUGUCCCUUAUUAGAGCAAUGUCUUGUAAAAACUGUAUUUAAGACAUUUCAAUCAAGCAGUAAAAGAACAAAUAAUUAA